AUGCGCACACAGCAAUUCCGAAAACAAGGGCCAAACACACCAGGAAUCAGAGCUCUAGCCACCGCCGCGGUCUUCCUGCUGGUCACGCUCUCCACGUCGCACAUUGCCUCCUCCCUUCGCCCCGGCCUCGGGGUCUGCCGUGCCAGCGGCUAUCUCCCAGGCAGGUCCGGCAACUGCGAGAAGAGCAAUGACCCGGAUUGUUGCCAAGACGGUAAGAGGUACUCGCAGUACCACUGCUCGCCGCCGGUCACGGCGACCACCAAGGCCGUCCUGACGCUCAACAGCUUCGAGAAGGGCAAGGAUGGCGGUGGCCCGUCAGAGUGCGACAACUCCUACCACAGCGACAAGGAACUGGUCGUUGCGCUCUCCACCGGCUGGUUCAAGAACAUGGCACGUUGCGGCCAUCGCAUCAAGAUCACCGCUAACGACAAGUCCGUGUAUGCCAAGGUGGUGGACGAGUGCGACUCCGUGUAUGGCUGUGACGCCGACCACAACUACGAGCCUCCGUGCGAUAAUAACAUCGUUGAUGCCUCACCGGCGGUGUGGAAUGCCCUGGGGCUCGACCAGAACGUCGGCAUGGAUGAGAUCACCUGGUCAGAGGAUGGUGGCCGCUGCCAUAUCAGCGGCUUCCUCUACGGCAAGGCUGGCAAGUGCAACAAGGAGAAUGGCUCCGACUGCUGUAUUCCCCGCCACCGCUACCCGCAGUUCAGGUGUUCGCCCCCAGUGUCCUCCAAGACAGUGGCAACCUUGACGCUGAACAGCUUUGCCCGCGGGGGUGACGGUGGUGGGCCGUCCUUCUGUGACGAUCGCUACCACAAGGACAGCGAGCUGGUGGUGGCGCUGUCUACUGGGUGGCUGCGCCUCGACGGCACACGUCGGUGCAACAAGAUGAUCCGCAUCAGCGGGAACAGGCGGUCCGUGCUGGCCAAGGUCGUCGACGAGUGUGACUCGGUGCAUGGCUGUGACAAGGAACACAACUUUGAGCCACCAUGUGCAAACAACAUCGUGGGGCUCAACAAGAACAUCGGAGAAUUUAAGAUCACUUGGUCUGAUGUGUGA